GUUUAACAAAUUGCGAUGGUGGGCUAGCUUUGGGCUUGCCUUCCAAGUUCCAACCCGCACGAGUUUAGGGUUUAGUCCACCCAUAUUCGCCUCACCACGUCUUUCACUUCCAGCGUCGCUGCGACCCUACAGUAUUAGUACAGUCGACGGAGCCACCGUCUCCCUCCCCCGCUCUUGUCAGAAGUUUUUUUUUUUGCGGCAGCAGUCAAUCAGAAUUAUGGAACGAUAUUAUAAGCGAAAACCAUCGACGGUUAGUUCAGAUAAUGUGGGUAGUUCAAGUUCGGAUUAUGAAGCGGAUGUGAAUCUAGUGAAUCAAAAGAAUGUCGUUAUCAAUCAGUCAGACCAAGAUCGUGUGGCUUAUGACACUUGUUUGAAUGUCUCAAUCAAUUGCAUUAAGUUUUUGUUGCGACAAGAUCUUUAUUUCUUUGAUUAUUGUGAUAGUGUCACUUCAAGCAAUAGGGGAAAUUAUUUGGAGCUCUUCCAAUUUAUUGCCGAUCACAAUGAGAAAGUUAAGCAGGUUGUGUUGGAAAAUGCUCCGAAGGAUCUCAACUUAUUAGCUCCCUCAGGUCAAAAGAAUCUUGUCAAUUCAUGUGCCAUUGAAACCAUCGAUGCUAUCAUGAGUGACGUAAAAGAUAGAUUCUUUUCUAUAUUGGUGGGUGAAUCUCGUGAUUUUUCGACAUUGGAUCAAAUUGCAAUUGUGUUGCGCUAUGUCGACAAGAAAGGGGAAGUAAUUGAAAGGUUUGUGGGAGUCCAACUUGUUGGCGACAUCACUUCAAGUAAUCUGAAGGAGACCAUUGACUCAUUCUUUUCUUUCAACAAAUUAAGUUUUUCCAAGCUACGUGGACAAAGUUAUGAUGGAACUAGUAACAUGAAAGAAGAGUUCAGUGACCUUAAAACAAAGAUUAUGAGUAAACAACCUUGUGCAUUUUAUGUUCAUUGUUUUGCUCAAAAUCUUGAAAUAUGUCUUGUUGCGGCAGCAAAGAAGAAUGUUGAAAUAGCCAGUUUUUUCACAUAUAUAAUUAGUGUAAUUAAUCUUGUUGGAGCAUUUUGUCACCGUCCUGAUGCACUUGGAGAGCAACUCCAUAAAGAGCUUAAGGAAGCUUUUGGAAAUGAUUUUCUAACGGAGAGAGGCAUGAAUCAAGAAACUAGUCUCAAACAUACCGGCGAUGCAAAUUGGAACUCAUAUUAUGGUGUAUUGCUCAAUUUGAUUUCCAUGUUCUCGUCUGUGGUAAAAGUUCUUGAAUUGAUUGUUGAUGAUUGCGACAUUGAUAUUGUUGGUGAAGCAUGUAGGACAUUGAAAGGAAUACUCUCUUUUGAGUUUGUUUUUCACCUCUUUUUUAUGAGAUCAAUUUUGGAAGUCACAAAUGUUUUGUCACUUGCAUUACAAAACAAAGAUAAAGAGAUUGUGGUUGCAAUGGAUUUAGUCAAAUCAUGUAAGCAACAACUGCGCCACAUGAGGAAUAGCGAGUUUGAUCUUUUGGUUGAUAAAGUAUCUUCUUUUUGUAUCAAGCAUGAUAUUGAAAAUCCUAGCUUGGAUGAGACAUGUGUAGUUCAAGGGAGGUCACGGCGUAAUGCUCCAUUAAAGACAAACCGGCAAUUUUAUGCAGAGGUCUUUUUUUGUGUCAUUGACGAGCAACUUACGGAGUUGGAUGAUCACUUCAAUGAGGUGAAUACUGAGUUACUUGUUUGUUUGGCAUGUUUGAAUCCGGAUAAUUUUUUCAUAGCUUUUGACAAACAAAAGCUACUUCGUCUUGCUCAAUUUUAUCCUCAAGAUUUUUCCGAUGAAGACCUAUUUGCACUUGAAGGUCAGCUUGGGCUUUAUAUUCAAUAUAUGCGUUCGAGUAGUGAUUUUUCUCAAUUGCAAGGGAUUAGUAAUCUUGCAAAAAAAAUGUUGGAGAAAGGGAUGCAUCGAAAAUUUAAUUAUGUGUAUUUGCUCAUUACACUUGCUUUGGUUUUGCCGGUUGCAACUGCGUCAGUGGAGAGAGCAUUUUCUGCCAUGAAAGUUGGUGAUGGUUCAGUCUGCAACAGAAUGGGAAAUCAAUGGUUGAGGGAUAGUUUGGUUAUUUAUAUUGAAAAAGAUGUUUUUGGUUGUAUUGAUAAUGAAGCUAUUAUGCUACGUUUUCAUAAUAUGAAAACUCGUGUUGAACAGAUGUAGUUUGUGCCGGUCUUUUUUUACCGUGAAUUAUGAAUGAAAGAACUAUUGUUUGAUGUUUGAUGAA